UCUGUGUGACAUCUUUAGACGUCGGGCGAGGACGGUUUCGCUUUUUGUUAUAAAGUUCCACUUAUUUUCCCUACUCCUGUACAAAGUGACAUUUUGAAUAACUUUUAAACCCAAGUGACCUGAUUUUUCUGCCAACAACUACUACUUGUUGUGUGAAGAUUAUGUUGCAAUGUCGGACUUUCGUCACUGAAAAAAGGGCACAUCUCGACGGUGGAAUAAGCUAAGUUGCCGUGAAUACAGGGUCACAGAGGGCAGAGCAGUUGUUAGGAUGACGGAUGCAUAACGAGGCCGCUGCUAUGACACCCCUGGCCCUUGCAACACUGCUGCUCGCAGUAGGGACGGUGCUGAGUGUUGCAGAGUUAACAGGAGAAAACGUAUGUCACAAGCGAGAGACGUAUACUGUCACUUUGCGGGUAACGGUGAAGGAGCCUGUGCACGUCAAGACCUACACGUGGUGCCUAAAGGUACCACCUCGCUGCACCAAGUACAAGGUCGAGAUGAGAGACAGAAUCAAGAUUCAGACGGAGGUCCGGGAGCGAGUGGUGGAUGUCUGCUGUGCAGGAUAUGCAUUGGACUGGACGGAGACGCAAUGCCUCCCCGUGUGUAAGGGAUGUCUGCACGGCGUCUGCGCCACCCCAGACACUUGCUCCUGCGAGCCUGGCUAUACGGGCGACCGCUGUGACAUCGAGUGCCCCGAAGGUCUGUGGGGCCCAGCCUGUGGACUACAGUGCCAGUGCCGGAACGCAGCCACCUGCAACCACAUCAGCGGAGACUGCAAGUGCACCGACGGUUGGAGGGGCUCCCUAUGUGACGUUACCUGUCCCAAGGGAACCUACGGCCACGCAUGUCUGAAAGAGUGCAACUGUGAAACUGGCGACAGUGACGAGAGCGCCAUCUGUGAUCACGUGACGGGGGACUGCAGAUUAGGCGAAGCCAGGAGAGAGGAUCACGAGUCGAACCGUCACAUAACCGCACCUCCAGAGAUUCACACAACCGCCAGGCCUGCGGUGACACAGACAGCCGAUGCUAAGGAAAAUGAAGCUAAGGACAGUGCCUAUACUGCAAAAAUUUUCCAGCAAACAGGUCAUAGCGCUCCUCAAACACUUGAAAACACAGACAAACGCAUUCAUUUCACUGAUGAGAGAGCCCUUACAAGCACAAUUACUUCCAUGCCUUCCUUCCUUGCAGAUAUGGGAGCAAAAACAGAAAUUCCUGAAGAAGUUCAUAACAGUUCGUUAGGAAGCAUCACGUCACUGCCCGAUCAUCAAAGUGACGAUGUGGAUGUCUCUGAACAAGUCGAGGAGCCUGAAACAAUAAAACUCGAGGAUACUGACCGGCCGAUUGAAGAGCCUGGAACUACAGUGACGGAGAACGCGAACCAGAAUGUUCGUCCCGCGCGUAGACCAAUCAUUGUCGUCUCCGACGGGUUGCUGUCGGGAAGAAUGGAAGAAGACGGGAACGAGGGAACCGGAAGUGGUGUUUGGAACCUGGUGUCGAGCGCAAGCGUGGCCGGAGGGGUGGCACUCACGCUCAUCAUUAUGGCCACGGUGACUACGGUGUUAGUGUCGCAUCGCAGAAACAAAGCCAAAAUGGCGGUAGCUGAAAAUGAGAUGGCGUCUGUCCGGAAGCAGCAACAGGCCACGUCUGGACCACGCGCGUAUAAUUAUACGCAGGACGUCACGACGCUUCCACUGCGCCAUGUAUUUCCGGACACGGACAUAAGAGCAGACGAUAUGCCUCGUACUGAUGGACUCCAGCUGUCCUUCGGCGAUGUGUCCAGUACCAUGACAACCCACAACAGUUUCGGACAUCCCUGUAACUCCUACAACAAUGCAAGGGCGUAUUUAGAGCUGCAGUACGAUAUCCCCCCAUCCUGCACGAGUAGCAACAGCAACAGUCUGCGGCCGGGGAUGGAACCCGAGCACCUCUACGAUGAAAUCCCCUGGUGGCGGAGUACCCGCAACACGGACACAUCUCGCUGCUGGAAAACUUCCAGCAUUCUGCGACAUGAAUUCCAACAAAACAGCCAAUAUAUCCUUUUAAUCCUCAACUCAACACAUAAGCACGAUAACAGAGUUAUCCUCAACAGCAGCUUCUGGGCACUUUUAAGUGAGCCAGUAGCCAAGAUGACUUCGCUGCAAGUGGUCGCGUUCCUCGCCCUCCUGCUCGCGGUCCAGGCCUCUGUCAACCCACCAGGCAGCAAUGAGACAGUCAGCUCCGCAGGGUUCGGCUCCAACAUCAUCAGCGGUCUGAACCGCUUGGUGAGCAAGAUCACCGGGAGUGGCAACAAUACAGCAACAGGUGCCACCGGAAGUGGCAACAAUACGGCAACAGGUGCCACCGGAACUGGCAACAAUACAGCAACUAGCAACACUAGAGUCGUCUGCCCUCCCCCGAGACCGCACCUUGAGGGAGUGGGUGUUGGCCAUAACCUGAGCAUGGUCAACGUGGUCUCCAGGCUGGUCGCCGCUCUCAACCAGUCGCAACCUCCAGAGGACAACAGAGCCGUGUGCAGCAUAGAGCGCCAGCCGAUUGCGAACACCGGGAGAAAUGCAACCACGCCCCCAGCAACAAGUUCUGCAGGAAACUACAGCAACGAGGUUGGAUUCCGGACAGAAAUAUUCUGUUGUCGAGGUUACGUAAAGGAUGCACUCGGCAGGUGUGUGGCCCAGUGUGACGGGGGCUGUGCUAACGGCGUCUGUACCAGCCCCAACAACUGCACCUGCUACCCGGGUUAUACGCUGGACAGAAGUGGCAACUGUGUGCUCCAGUGCCCCUGUGGGUGCUUGAACGGCGCCUGCGCAGCAAACAACUCCUGCAUAUGCAACGCCGGCUUCUUGCGAGAUGGAAGGAUCUGCGUACCAGUGUGUGAGGGUGGCUGUAUGAAUGGGAACUGUACGGCACCCAACAGCUGCACCUGCAACACUGGAUACAUCCAGGACCUCAAUGGCAGUUGUAUUCCGGCUUGUUCGGGGGGCUGUCUGAAUGGAGACUGCACGGCUCCCAACAAAUGUACUUGUCAUCGAGGUUACAGGAAGAACACACACUCCAACAUCUGUGUACCUCGAUGUCCACAGGGCUGUAUCCAUGGCGACUGCACAGCACCAAACGUCUGCACUUGUCAUACAGGUUAUGCAAAGAAUUCCACAACGAAGAAAUGUUCACCGACUUGCAAUACACCUUGCAUCAACGCUGACUGUACGUCACCUAACGUCUGCACUUGCCGUGUGGGAUACCGCAUGGCACCACAUGGUAGUAACACAACAUGCGUUCCUGUGUGCAAAGGUGGAUGCCCCAAUGGGCAAUGUACUGCUCCCAGUGUCUGUACAUGCAACGCUGGUUACACCAGAGACCCUAACAACAGAACUGGAAACACCUGCAUUCCUACAUGUGCCGGAGGUUGCGUCAAUGGUGACUGCACUGCCCCUAACAUCUGUACCUGCCACCAUGGGUAUGCUAAACUUCCCGAAAGUAACAGAUGUGCCCCACAUUGUCCUACAGGUUGCAUAAAUGGGACCUGCUCAGCACCAAACAAAUGUACCUGUAUCGAAGGUUAUGCCAGUGUGGCUAAUUCUAACAAUGUAUGUGCACCUACUUGUGCAGAUAUGUGUAUAAAUGGUGACUGCACGUCACCGAACGCAUGCACAUGCAAAUCGGGGUAUGAGAAAGAUGUUACAGAUGUGAAGGGCAACAGGUGCAAACCAAAAUGCGAAAACAGAUGUAUUAAUGCCAUCUGCACGAAUCCAAACAUGUGUAUAUGCAUAGCAGGAUAUGUUAAGGACAGAACAGUCACGACAAACAACAUCUGUGUACGACGAAUAAGACGAUCAAGCCCCACCUUUCAGAAAUGGCUCGACAGUCAGAACUGAAGACACAUGGAAGAAAUAUUACCAUCAUUAUGAUGUAAUGCUGAAUACUGGCCACAUCAGAUGAAUGUCACACAACAGAGUAUAUUUUUAACAGAUACAUUGUAUUAACAUGGCUGGCUCAGUCAUAGAUUUCUAGUUAUAUGAAUCUGUUUCACCAAGCGAUUAACGUGAAAUAAAAUGUUCUUCAAAAUGCGAUUACUGGUAACCUGGAAAUGUUUGUUUGUACAUAACAGUGAACCUGAUCUUAAACUUUGGAAUUUCGUUAAAUAUUUAAUCUUAAUUUAAAACAAUUUUCUAAUCAAUACUUCAUGUUUACUACACCAGAAUUUUCCAAAGUUGAAUUUACGCCUCCCUCCUGGUUGGGGGAGUUAUGGAGAUAUUUGCAGAGGCUAAGUACUGUACGUAUAAUAAAAAUAAAUUCAUAAGUGAGAA